CAAGCUUUUUCGUCUCUCUAUCGUCCUUUUUUUCUGCCCUCUCUACAUCUUUCACUUGCAUUUUCUCCUGCUCAAUCUGAUGAGCUGCCUCGUCAUGCCAUCCAUUUAUAUCUCCAGCAUUCCAAGCAAAGGGGGAUAAGAAGAUCAGCCUGGACAUCAAAAAGCAAUAGAUAAUGCUGUCUGCAACAGCCACAGACUCCUGAAAUGAGAUUGUCUGCCAUUUUUCCUGUUUUUUCUUUAUCACUCAACCUUUCCCAAGGCAAAGGGAGUGAAAAAACACAACAGCAUCGGCCAUCAUUUCUUGAGAGGAACUUUGGGAUUCAUUAGCCAAGUGGGGAAAGAAUUUUGUAAAUAUUGCUCCUCUAUUUUUCUGCACAAUUUUCUUUUUCUCCUCCCUGUCUGCUGGCGAGGGAGCCGGUACAUUUCUGCCAAGACGCCGCGUGCUGUACUCCGCGUGAAGAAUGCCCAGGCGCGCCUGCCCAAGCCGUCGGAAGCGGCGCCCACGCCCGCCUCGGGACUCUACAUGGAGCGCUCACAGAGUCGAAUCAGUUUGUCAGCUUCAUUUGAGGCUCUUGCGAUCUACUUCCCCUGCAUGAACUCCUUUGAUGAGGAUGAUGGCGAGACAGAGGGACGGAAGUUGAAAAGCAUCCAGAGAAGCACAGAGACAGGAUUAGCUGUGGAUAUGCCCAGUCGCACAGUUCGACAGGCCAGCCAUGAAUCUAUAGAAGACAGUAUGAACAGCUAUGGCUCUGAAGGAAAUCUACAUUUUAGUGGAGUGUGUCUGGCUUCAGAUGCUCAGUUCAGUGAUUUUUUGGAUGGCAUGGGCCCAGCACAGUUUGUGGGAAGACAGACAUUGGCCACAACCUCAAUGGGUGAUGUGGAGAUAGGGCUGAUGGAAAGGAAUGGACAGUUGGAGGUUGAAAUCAUUAAGGCUAGAGGACUUAUCAUCAAACCUGGCUCCAGAGGUCCUCCAGCGGCAUACAUAAAAGUGUAUCUUCUGGAGAAUGGUGUAUGCAUAGCCAAAAAGAAGACAAAGUCUGUUCGGAAGUCACUGGAUCCUCUUUACAACCAGGUCCUUGUAUUCUCUGCGAGACCACAGGGAAAGGUUGUGCAGAUCAUUGUUUGGGGAAACUACGGCCGAAUGGAUCGUAAGUGCUUCAUGGGUGUGGCCCGUAUUUUAUUGGAGGAAUUGGAUUUGACAAGCAUGGUGAUUGGCUGGUACAAGCUUUUCCCCACCUCCUCUAUGGUGGACCCCACUAUGGCACCACUCAUUCGCCACUCAUCACAGCUCUCACUGGAGAGCACAGUUGGACCAUGCUGUGAACGCUCAUAAGACAAAGUGCAAAGUUUUGUUUUCCUUGUAAGGGCUCUCAAGGCCCUUGACCUUAGAGGGCUGCUUGUGCAUGACUGUAGCAGCUAUCUGGGGCCUACCAGAAUACUCUAGAAUUACACAGAAAUUUUAGAAAGUAAUCAUGCCUGUAGAAGUGUUCUUUUUUAUUGCACUUGGCAGACCAAAAAUGUAACAAAGGACUAACUGGCAGUGGAAUCAUAAUUCACAAUAAUUUAAUUGGAUUUACUUUGUCUGCUCUUCAUCAGGGAUGUCCGUACCUUGCUGAACAUGAGUAUGGCAUUGUUUGAGAGGAUAUACAUGAUUUGUCUUGGCUUAUUCAUUGUUAUUAAAUGUUAAAAUGUUGCAUUUUUUGUUUUGCAAUACACAGCAAUACGCCACUAAUAAUGUUUAUCAGUUUGUGUAUAAAAAGCAGUACAGAAGAAAUUAGUGGAUACUAACAUAUGUCACAGAAAUAAUGCUUAAGAAUUAUAUGGAUUAGAUAAAAAUACUUGUUAUUGGUACUUGGCUCACUCAUUCACUUGCUUUUUCCCUUCUUGUUUUAAUUGUACUUGUCAUAACAUUGCUCACAUAUCAGAAGCUAACUGAUUUAACUGAUCAGGUGCACACAGGAUUUAAAAUGGUCAUAACUUUAGUUGUUAUUGUUACCAAUAAUUCUAUAUAUUCUAGUUGAGGAUUUUUUGGGAUGCUGAGAAUUGUCACAAGGAAAAAAAAUAGUUUUAUUCUAGGUGUAAGAGUUAAAAAAAUAUUAGAAUACCAGAAAAAAAGCGUUCCUGGGACAAAUGUAAGUAAAUAUCUGUCACUGCUUUAUGUACUGGUAUAGGCGUGCACUUUAUGUGGAUUUUCUUUUACAUAACUGUUUGUCAAGUGUGAG